AUGCUGUCAUCUGGUGUUUCAUUGAUUUACUCGUUCUUCAUGGAUGCCAAAAAACGUGCUCAUCGUAUGCCUAUGGAUGUGAAGGCGGUUGUGGAGGAUGUAUCGAAGCGACAGGUCCCGCCCUAUCAGCGCUCUUUGGUUUUGGAGGUGAUGGCUACCGACCCGAACACCGACGCUGAUGUAGAAGUCCCUUACAUCCGUUAUGUAUUUGCAUAA